GCUAAGCUAGCGGCUAAGCUAACCUCCACACAGAGGUCGGACUGUGUGGAGCCGUGGACCCGGGGUGAGGAUGUCCAGACACGGUCGGUAUGGAGGAGAGACCAAAGUGUACGUGGGAAACCUGGGGACGGGGACAGGUAAAGGUGAGCUGGAGCGGGCCUUCGGGUUCUACGGACCCCUCAGAACCGUCUGGAUCGCCAGGAACCCUCCGGGCUUCGCCUUCGUGGAGUUCGAAGACCCCCGAGACGCAGACGACGCCGUCAGAGGGUUGGAUGGAAAGGUGAUCUGCGGGAGCCGGGUCCGGGUUGAGAAGUCCACCGGGAUGCCCCGGCGCUCUCGGCACGACCGGCCCCCGACACGUCGACCUUUCGACCCCGACGACAAAUGCUACGAGUGUGGAGAGAGAGGCCACUACGCCUACGACUGUCACCGCUACAGCCGCCGGGGCCGGAGGAGCAGGUCCAGGUCUCGGUCCAGGUCCCGUAGGAGGCGGCACUCACGCAGCAGGAGUCGUAGCAGGAGCCGAGGGAGGAGGUCCAGGUCCAGGUCCAGGUCUUUCUCUCCUCGUCGGUCCAGAUCCAGAUCCGUCUCCACGAGGAGGUCCAGGUCCAGAACCGGGUCCAGAACCAGGUCCAGGUCUCGAGGCCGGAGCAGGUCCGGGUCGAUGGGUCGCUCUCGUUCUGGAUCUCCAACUAGAAGUCACUCGCCCUCAGGGAGCUCUGUUACAGACGACUGAAGUUUUUUUUUUUUGUUUUUUUGUUUGAAGUUUCUCCUGUGAAUAUCAUUGAUUCCUGGUUCUUGUUCUUCUCUGUCUCUUAAAUCCGUUUACUUCCUGUUUGUCACAGUAUGAUCACAUGACCAGUCAACACCAGCUUGUAUUGCUGUCGACGCCAUAUGAAUAAAGGGUUGAACAAAGA